AUGACGGUAGAUAAUGGUAUUUGGGUUCUAGGUUAUGGUUCAUUGAUAUAUAAACCUCCACCGCACUAUACACAUAGAGUACCGGCUAUAAUUCAUGGUUACCUUCGUAGAUUUUGGCAGGCUUCUACAGACCAUAGGGGUGUUCCAGGUGAUCCUGGGCGUGUCGUGACUUUAUUACCUUACGAUGAAGUGAUGAGUAACGUGGAGUUUUUGAAUGAUUGUCAAUUUUACGAUAAUAAAAUUAAUGAUCGUGAUGAUUUAAUUACAUUAGGUUGUGUAUACUACAUUCCUGAAAAAUAUGCAGACGAAGUUAAGGAGAAUCUAGACGUAAGAGAGCAAGGUGGUUAUACUCUACAUGAAGUACAAGUUCACUUAGAAGUCUCUCCGGAACAAGAAUCCGAAUUGGAAGAAUCUUUAAAGUCAUUACCGGUUCAUGUAUCUACAGGUAGAAGAAUUUUGACCACGUCCGUCUAUAUCGGUACUGUUACAAAUAGCUCCUUCGUUGGACCAGAAGACCUCGAUGAUACGGCAAAAAUUAUUGCAAAAUCUGUGGGUCCAAGCGGGACUAAUUACGAAUAUAUCAAAUUGUUACACAAUUCUCUAGAGAAUAUGCCCCUAACAGACGAAUUUAAGAUUCAUGAUCGUUAUUUAGAGACUUUAUUGAAACAGGUAGAGAAAAUCAGAGCAGAAAAUGUCAAAAAGCUUUGA